AUGGGUAAGGCAUCGUCAUCGAAAGCUCCCAAAAAAGGCAAAGCCGAAGGCAAAAGAAAAGCAGUUGUGGAAACCCCACCUUCUUUACCGGAGUCGAACAAUAGUAACUCGAACUCGGAUACCGAAACUCAAACUUUGGCUCAAAAGCACAGCAUUCCAUUCCCAGUUUUCUCUCAAGAUGAGGUGCACUCGUACAAACGCCUCAUGAAGAUGAAAUGCCGGAUCCCAAGGACACUUGAUUGGGAGAAAUACUUGAAGGCCCUCAAUCUUGACAAGUACGAAGCCAUGGACAAUGUGGCAUGCACGGAACUAGCGGUUGAAUUCUUUACCAAAUUUGUACCACAGGACAAUGGCAAGUUUUUCACUUGCUGGAUGAAAGGUAAUGAAUACAAGGUUGAUAACAAGGUGAUGCAUGAGGUAUUUGGUUUCUGCACAACGGGGUCUCGCAAAGUACCCGGUGAUUUUGAGGUGGACAAGCCUUGGGCCGCUCUCUCUCUAUGCGAUAAAUUCAAAGUCAAUGGCCCAUCGAAUGGGCUAAUCAAAGAUGUGGCCAUUGCGGUGGUACAUAAAUUUCUAUGCUACAAUGUUUUUGGCAAGAAAGAUUCCAACAAGGUUAGCGAGCAAGAAGUUUAUUUAUUGUGGGCAAUCUGUGCAAAGAAGCCCAUAUGCAUGACUGCAUUCGUUAUAGAGACACUCUGGGGCACGAAAGUCUUCGCCACGCGCCCUCCGAGAUUGGUCAAUAUCAUCACCGGGCUCGCUAAGCACUUCAAUGUUCAAAUUGAUGAAGUGCCGCUUCAACAAAAGAAGAUUGUGUUGUGGGAUUUGGUGAAAUCCUAUCUCGUUAAGGACAGCACCACGAUCAUUGAUUUCAAACAUCGUGAGUGCUACGAGGCAUAUUUGUCAGAGCUGAAGAAAUCGUCCGGAGAAGGUGGUUCCUGGCAGCCACAUCCUCAUUCCGAGGACGAGGCGGAGGACGAAGGAGCACAUACCAACCCGGCGGACUAUUUCCUCCCUCCAGCAGUUGACACGGGCGUUGCGGACGCGCGAUCUCAACAAGCCCCCGCUUGGUUCGAUACAUUCAUUGAGCAUAAUGAUAGGCGUUGGGAGGAGCACAACAAGAGGCUAGAUACCUUUAUUGAGCAUAAUGAUAGGCGUUGGGAGGAACACAACAAAAGGCUCGAUGAACGUUGGACCCAAUGGAAGUCUCGGCAAUUUGAUCAGUGGAUACAAUGGGGCGACCAGCUACCCUACCCUCCACCUCCACCUCCACCUCCAGCAUCGGAUGCACAUGAUGAACCGUGA